CUCUCAUUCUCCACAUCCGGCAGAGGGCGCUACGAAAAGCCGACACUGACUAAACAAUUUUUUAGGCUGCAUUAUUUUGGAUGAGAGAACAUUUUUGAAAAAAAUAUUAAAAACUUAAUUUUGAAGCAAAUUGAACCUCAUCAAAAUUGAAAUCUGACACUCUAACAUGGAGUGUUUAAUUGGUGUGGCGUGCAAAGACUUUGUCAUUGUAGCCACAGAUAGGAAUAUUGCUCACAGCAUUAUUGUUGUUAAGAAAGAUGAGGACAAGACUUAUAAGCUUGGUGAUCAUUUGCUGAUGUCAGUAUGUGGUGAACCUGGUGAUACUAUUCAGUUUGCUGAAUUUAUUGCAAAAAACAUACAGUUGUAUAAAAUGAGAAAUGGUUAUGAACUUUCUCCCACUGCGGCUGCUAAUUUUACUAGACGAAAUUUGGCUGAUUUCUUAAGAAGCCGGACUCCUUAUGCUGUAAACUUGUUAAUGGCUGGAUAUGACAAAGAGUCUGGUCCAGAAUUGCAUUAUAUUGAUUAUUUGGCCACAUUAGCAAAAGUACCCUAUGCUGCUCAUGGAUAUGGUUCCUUUUUUGUUCUGAGUAUAUUAGAUCGCUAUUACAGACCUGAUAUGAGCAUUGAAGAAGGAAUGGAUCUUUUACGAAAGUGUGUUAAAGAAAUAAAUCAUCGAUUUCUGGUAAAUUUGCCUUCUUUCAAAGUUAAAGUUGUUGAUAAAGAUGGAAUGCGUGAUUUACCUGACUUUUGUCCUUCAAAUGUAUGAAAAGAUUAAGUGUUGUAUUGUACUUUUGAAAUAAACAACUUUUUUAUUUACAUAUUA